AUGGCAGGCACGCUGGAUACAUUUGUAAAAGCAGUAAUGGGGCAUACUCUUUCUGCAUCAUGGCGAGAAUUGGCUGAUCUUCAUCGGAAAGCCGUUUAUGAUGUGUUGGAACGAAAUCUUCCUCAUUUGGAUAGUGUAUUAGAAACACUUACUGUUGAUCGGUAUUCGAUGUCAGUUGUAUCGGUAUUAUUCGUCAAAAUGAAUCAAGUUUAUACAGACAGUGUAAAAGAUAGGUUUGAACGUACUUUGUCGCAGGUGGAAUCGAUGGUUCCAUUUUUUGAUAGCAUGCAAAUCUCAUUCAUUCCUGAUAUCUAUGUGUUGCUUUUCCGGAAAGUAUACGAGUAUUGUCUUCUCCAAAUUAAUAAGCCAGCUCGUGGUAUCAUGUUGCUUUCAAAUUCAAUCAAUGUAUUGGUGAAAGACGAAAAGAACGUCCUUACCUCACUGCAUUCAUGUCUUUUCUGUUUGUGCCUUAAGGCUCGUAUACAUCAUCCAGCCAUGCCCUUCUUACAUCUUGCUGUGCCGAGAAUAUUUAAGGAGACUGCAAAUCAAACAGGCCCUUACAUGGACCCUAAAUGGGUAGUAUUAUAUUUUUACUAUGGUGGUUUGCUUUAUGCGGUUCUGGGUCGUUACGAAGAAGCAUUUGCAAUGAUGCAGAAAGCAUGUUGCAUGCCAGCAAAUGCACCUAGCGCUAUAGUGGUUCGGGCUUAUAAGAUAUAUGUGCUGUUAUCAUUACUUCUGCACGGAAAAACAUAUCAUUUAUCUAAUUACCGAUCGCCAGUGAUGGUUCGAAGCAUUAUUCCGCUUUGUCCAGAUUAUUCGGCAUUGGGAAGGAUAUGUGAAAAUGAGGAAGAGAAUUUCGACAAAGCUAGUGCCAUAUUUGAAUACCUGGAAACACAUUAUGCGUCUUUCGAAAAGGAUAAGACCGUUGGCUUAGUAAAACUGGUGGUUAGAAGUAUUCGUGAAAAUUCAAUCAAAAGGCUAUCUGAGUGUUUCAUAUCGAUUUCACUGUCGGAUGUAGCACGAAGAUGCCAUUUAGACGACAGUGAUCAUGCCGAAGUGUAUCUUCGUGAUAUGAACAGAGACGGAAAAAUUGGUGUACUUAUCGACAUGAAACAGGGCAUUGCUUAUUUUGAUGACAUGAAGACAGAAGCAGAUGAGCAUGAAGUGGAUAAAGCUGCUAAUAUUAUAUACAAAUUGGAUGCUUUAAUGAAACAAUUUGACGACAGAAUUCGUGUCAACCCUUCCUAUAUUUCACGUGUUGGACGACCAUUAACUCGGGGAGUUUCUGCAAUUCCUCCGGAUGAAGGUUUAGGACAUCCAGGCUCUGUUUUUAUGCCUAACGUUAAUGUUGGUGAUAUUGAAUCUGCAGCUGGUAGACCUAUGGAUAUGGUCGAUUAA